AUGAGGCUCUUCACUGCCUCAGUGCUCGGGCUACUUUUGCCCAGCCUGGCCGUCGCAUCCAAUCUCAACACUGCCACCCAGCUCGCUCUUCCACCAGACUUCAAGCCCCCGCAGGUCUUCAGAAAUACCAAUCUGGUUCGGAACACCAAUCUCGAGAAGAGCUAUGUUCGCGAGACUAUCAAUGUUGUCGUGGAGAAUGUCGACAAGCAGCCACAGAGCGAUUACUAUAUCCCCUUCCCUUCGAAUGUCUUUAACCGCAUAGGUGGAUUUGAAGUUCGAGAUAAGAAGGCGACCGACGCAGGAAGAUUCGAGGUGGAUACCACUGAGGUUGUGUCAUCCAGUGGCAACCAGUACUUCGUCGUUCACUUCCCCAAGCCAUUGGCCCCCAAAUCCCAGAUCACCCUUGGAAUCUCCUACUCCAUUUUGAACUCUCUGACCCCUCGUCCCGCUGUCAUCCAGCAGAAUGACAAACAAUUCCUCACCUACAGCUUCUCCGCCUACGUCCCUUCGGCAUACCAAACUGUCACCCAGAAGACAAAGCUGAAGUUCCCCAGUACCAACGUGCCCGACUACACAGAGACCUCGGAUCUGAAGACCGGUAUCGACCCGGAGCGUAAGGGUGCUACUUACACCUACGGCCCUUACGAGACCGCCAAGGUGGCCCCGGGCACUGAAUACCCGAUCACCGUCCGCUACGAAUUCACCAACCCCGUCAUCACCGCCCACCUCCUCGAGCGCGAUGUGGAAGUUUCACACUGGGGUGGUAACCUGGCUACCGAAGAGCGAUACUGGCUUCGCAACAAUGGCUCGGAGCUGGCUAACCAAUUCUCGCGUGUCGAGUGGACUUUUUCCAACUACCAGAAGGCUCCGAGCUCGGCAGUGCGCGAGAUUACCUACCCCCUGCAGCCCGGCUCCGUUGACCCCUACUUCACCGACGACAUCGGUAACGUCUCGACCAGCAGGUACCGCCCCGGCAACGGCAAGACGGGCGCCAAUCUGGAGCUGAAGCCUCGCUAUCCCAUUUUCGGUGGCUGGAACUACAGCUUCAAAGUGGGUUGGAACAACGACCUGGGUCGCUUCCUGCGUCAGAUCAAGGGCUCCGACUCUUACGUUUUAAAGGUGCCUUUCCUCCAGGGCCCUAAGAUGUCGGAGGGUAUUCAGUACGAGCGCGUUGUUGUUCGCCUGAUUCUGCCCGAGGGUGCGCACAACGUUCGCUACGAACUUGUUGAAGGCUCCCACAGCAACGGUCUGCCUAGUGCGAACCAGAUUCGGGCCACCCUGUCUUCUUUCAAGACCUAUAUGGACACCCUCGGCCGGACUACGUUGACCCUGGAGGUUGACAGCCUGACUGAUGAAGCGCGCGAUGCGCAGCUGGUGGUGACCUACGAUCACACUCUGAUGGAUGCCCUGCGUAAGCCCCUCACCAUCUUCGCUGGCCUGGUGACUUUCUUCUUUGCCACAUGGGUCGUUGGCAACAUCGAUGUCAGCAUCAAGAAGCGUUAG